AUGGCCACACAGACUUCGUCUUCGUUGAUGCUGCCCGCGCGAUCACCACCGGCGAUGCAUGAGCCACUUGUGCCGUCCAUCAACUUCGCUAUGGUCUGUCCCGGUGUGUACCGCUCAGGGUACCCGACGCGGAAAAAUUACCGCUUCAUUCGCGCAUUGCGGCUCCGCACCAUCCUCUACUUGUGCCCCGAGGAAUACGCCGAGAGCAACGUGAAGUUCUGUGAGGAGAACGGCAUCAAUAUUCUGCGGUUUUCGACAGAGGGAAAUAAGGAACCCUUCAUGGAUAUUUCGGAACCACUGAUGCACCGGAUCCUCAGCGCCCUCAUCGACACCCGAACGCACCCUGUUCUUAUCCACUGUAAUAAGGGCAAGCACCGGACCGGUACAGUCGUGGCGUGCCUGCGUUUGCUACAGGGAUGGUCGCUGGUGUCUAUUUUUCAGGAGUACUGUGGCUUCGCUGGCGACAAGGCACGUAUGGGGGAUCAGCAGUAUGUAGAGCUCUAUAAUCCAAUCGUGCGUCUAACACCGCCAUAUGUGGCGGAGUGGGUGUGCAUUACACCGACUGUCACCGAGGUGCGCAGCGAAGAAGAACUACUGGAGGCAGAGGCGCGGCAGCUUGGAUGGAGCCUUGUGGCACCACCCCCGCCGCUAACGAAGCUGACGGCACAGCACCACGUCGAGGGGAAAGCGACGGAGCACGCUACCAACAACACUGCAAAACUCGCGACAAAAUCGUCUGCUACGACGACGACUACUACUACUACUACUUCUUCUGCUGCAGCUACUGCUACUGCCGCCGCUGCGGCGAUGCCUGUGACGCCUCACGUACCCACGGCGACAUCCCGUCGAGGUGUUGGUGGUGGGCACAGCGACAGCAGCGGUGCUAUUGGCGCGUCAAGGGUGAAGGACACCGCUGCAAGUGUGCGGAGGGAUACUGGAGGUGAUGGGAAGAAGAACCAAAAGUGA